AUGGCUCCUCAACUGCACCAGAGACCCCCUUUCCGUGCGGAGCACUUGGGCUCCCUCCUUCGCCCCCAGAACCUGCUGGACAUCAAGCUUGCCCAGGAAGCUGGCAAGGCUUCUGAGGCCGAGCUUAUCGCUAUCGAGGACAAGGAGAUCACCAACAUUGUUGAGACCCAGAUCAAGAUGGGUUACCCUGCUGCUUCGGACGGAGAGUACCGCCGUCACAUGUUCUGGGGCACAUUCUUCCCUGGCCUGGAUGGUUUCGAUGAGGUCACUGAGUUCGAGACUGAUAUCUUCCGAUCCUACGCUCCCGAUAUCGCCGCAUUCCUGGAGGCUGGCCACAAGCCCGGUGAGACCGUUCUCUGCACCGGCAAGAUUAAGCACGUUGGCAGCACCUACAUCGACCAAUUCAAGUACCUCGCUAGCCAAGUGCCUGCCGACCAGGUCAAGAACCUGAAGAUCACCCUUGCUGCUCCUAACUGGUACCACCUGCGCUACCGUGAGGGCAAGGCUUACCCUAAGGAGGUUUACAGCUCCGAUGAGGAGUACUUCGGUGACAUCGCCAAGGCCUACCAGGCCGAGCUGAAGAUUCUGUAUGAUGCUGGCUGCCGCAACGUGCAGUUUGACGACCCUAACCUGGCCUACUUCUGCUCUGAGAAGUUCCUUGGCGGUUUCAAGGCCGACCCUCUGAACGUUUACACCGCCGACGACAUGUUCGAGAAGUACAUCAAGCUGUACAACGACUGCUUCAUCGGUCUUGCUGAGGACAUGCACGUCGGUGUCCACCUCUGCCGUGGUAACUUCGUCGGCAGCCGUCACUUCUCCGAGGGUGGCUACGACCGUAUCGCCAUUAAGCUGUUCCAGGAGCUUAACGUUCACACUUACUACCUUGAGUACGACACCGAGCGUGCCGGUGGUUUCGAGCCCCUCAAGCACCUCCCCACUCACAAGAACGUCAUUCUGGGUGUUGUCACCUCCAAGUUCGCCACCAUGGAAGACAAGGAGGAGAUGAAGCAGCGUGUCAUCAACGCCGCUAAGAUCAUUGCCGAGGGUAACAACAUCAGCCUCGAGGCCGCUCUUAACCAGGUUGGUGUUAGCCCACAGUGUGGAUUUGCUUCCCACCGUGAGGGUAACGCUAUUGACUGGGAUGGCAUGAUGAACAAGCUCCAGUUGGUCCGUGAGAUUGCCAACGAUGUCUGGCCCGGCCAGCUCUAA